CAGUGUCAUACAGACCCUCAUCCUGUGUGUUGCAAACAUGGAAAAUGUUCAUUCCAUUAUUUCAAUGCUACUUCUAAGCACUGUGUUUGAGUUUAUUUAUGCGCAAAGUGAUGACAACAACAGGGCUCAAAAUCCUCCAUUUCAGCUACUACCAUUUAAUGUUGCACAAAAAGGUCACCAAACCCAAGGACGACAAAGUCGGACAAGGGAGACAGAAGGAAUAGCAGGUCCCAGCGACGGAAGUUCUAAUUUUCACUUUCAAAGGACCAGAAAUAACACUUCCAGGGUUCAAAAUGUAUCUUCCCUUCUGCUGUCCUCUAAACCAAGUGAACUGGAUGGAACCGGAACAGGCCCCAAUACAUUUGAAGGAGAUGGACUGCUGGACAGAGCAAUUCAAAUGUUGCAGCGACUCAACGAUCGCCUAACUGCACUGAAUGCACUGGAUGAGCAGCAGCUCAGAAGGCUCGAAACUCUUGAGUACAGGCUGACAAAGAUAGAAGUCCAGACACAGGAGAAAAGUGAAGGCAUCAAGUCAGAGCUAAGGGAUGUAUCACAGCGGGUACGGCAACUAGACUGGUUGAGCAGUAAGAUGGAGGCUACACUGGAAGCCAUCAAGACAGACACCAAUGGGCUCAAACAUGGGCAGGACCAGAUACGUAGCCUUCAUGCUGGGUCAGAAGGAAAGGUGUUAGGUCCAGCUGAAGAUGACAUGAAUAACAAAUUGCAAAUGAUGGUGACAACUGUAUAUACCAUUCGUGCAGCAAUAGGGAACCUGAAAGAUGAUUAUAAUGCCCUCAAGACAAACAUCACAAAACUCAGUAAUAUGACAAGCCAAACGAUGAGACUCAGUGGACAUCUCCUCACCAAGCAGUACUUCACAAAUACAAUGCUGGAUUUUAAACAUGAAUCUGUCCCACCAGUACAAGCCCUACCACAGACACUCUUUGCCUCUCUCAACAACCCCACUGAUCAGCUGCUGCCACAAGAUUGCUGGGAUGUGCAACAGCAGGGUCACAACACUUCAGGCAUCUAUAGGAUCAAGCCCUAUCUGUCCUCUGUACCUUUCUUUGCAUACUGCCAGCUGGAGACAAGAGGAGGAGGUUGGACUGUGGUACAAAACCGUUACGAAGGAACUGUGGAUUUCUACCGAGACUGGCAUGAUUACAAGCAUGGGUUUGGUAAUAUUGGAGGAGAAUUCUGGCUUGGUCUUGAGAAGCUUCACACAUUAACAAAUCAUAAGGUAACUGAAUUAUUGAUAGAACUACAAGAUUUUAACUUGGACAAAUCUUACGCCCUCUAUUCAGCCUUCGCCAUUGGCACAGAAGUGGAAGGGUAUUCAAUAUCAUUCCUAGGCAGUUAUGAAGGAGAUGCAGGAGAUUCACUGAUGUACCAUGCCGGCAUGAAGUUCUCUACUUAUGACAUGGAUCACGAUAACUGGCAUGAUGGCAACUGUGCAGAGUCUCAUACUGGAGCAUGGUGGUACAACGGGUGUGACACCAGGUACAGCAACCUGAAUGGCCGAUACCUGAAUGGAGAGCUCCCAGAAACGUUUGAGUACCAGGGAAUGUACUGGUAUGACUGGCAUGGUCCAGGCUACUCCCUCAUGAAAUCACGCAUCUCAGUACGUUCAAGCAAGCACUCGCAUCUGACAGUACAAGAUCCCACACUACUGAGUAACAAAACUAGCAAGAUCCAAGGAAGGAAGCAUUCCAGUGUCCACAAGAACAAUGUGCAACCACUCCAUAGGAAUGCUACAGGACAUAAAAAACAUGGUCAAGAAGAGACCAUCACUGAGGAAGAUUCUGACUUUUUCCUUUCUUUUUAAAGUGGUUCUUUAUUGACAUUCUCAGUACUGAAUCUAUAUGGUAUGAAGAAAAUGGAGGAAAAGAUGAUAGCCCUCCAAUGAAUCAGUACACCCGCAGAGAAUUUAAUCAUUCUACACAAUAUUCAGAAUCAGUUUCACAUCAUGAAGAUGUCUAUGAUCACCAACCUUUAUGUUAUGAUAUGAAAUUAUUAUAUUAUGACAUGUGAGCUCAGAUUUAUCAAAUUCACAUAGAAAACUGAUUCUCAGGGUUUCAAAAACCUGAAUAUUUGUUACUCUUUACAACAAGCAUAAUUUGUUUACAGUAAUCAGUUCAAGUGAUGAAAAGAUACCGUUUCACCUACUCCUGAUUUCACUGUUUCAGAUAUAAGAGAUUGUGGGGGAGUGGGGAAAUGGGCAGAAGUAUAAUAUUUUUAAUUUCUACCAUUACAAGUAGGCCUGUUCCCCUCAAAAACGUUUUUUCCACAACAAUUUCCACACAAAAAGUAAUGCGCUGUUAUGAAGUAAGUACAAGAAAUUCAUCCAAUAUACAUUUUCCUUAUUCCCUAAAUAAACAUCCAAACAUAAUAAAUCCCCAACACUUUUUAGUUCAUUAUAAUGAGAAAAAGAUGCUAAGUUUUGUUCCCUACACAGUAGCUCAAAAAGUUUCAAUCAAAUUAGCAGUUUUCAUAAAUAAUUACAAGAUGGCCAAAUGAAUAUUCAGUCAUUUGAUUUACUUCUUUACCUUUGUGUAAUGACUCAGUUUCUGAUGUACAGUAUUUAAAAAAAUUAGUAAUGGGGCCCUCUACAACAAAAAUUCCAGUGCAAAUUAUUUCUACUGCUUGUGAUAUAAAGCAGGUCUAAUAAAAGUAUAAUCCACCAGCUAA